GACUACGCCAGCUACCCAGCCUUCGGUCAGGGUCAGUACGCUCAGUAUUACAACAGUUCUCCGUACACUUCGCCCUAUAUGACGAGUAACAACACGAGCCCCACCACCCCCACCACCACCACCUACACCCUGCAGGAGCCCCCCAGCACUGUCUCCAGCCAGCCCAUCCCAGAGAACCCUGCAGUCGAGUACAGCACCAUCCACAGUCCAUCAACCCCCAUUAAAGAUUCAGAUUCCGAUCGAUUGCGCCGGGCCUCGGAUGGAAAGUCACGUGGUCGGGGGAGAAGGAACAACAACCCCUCCCCCCCGCCUGACUCCGACCUUGAG